AUGGCCUUCAAGGACGGCGGCGAGAAUACUACGCCUAGCAGGCGUCACAGUCUCAAUGAUGAGUGUGAUCCCAACUCGGUGGCUGAUGAGAAGAGACUUGUUGCCAAGUUGGACUUUUACAUUAUUCCUCUUGUCAUGGUCCUCUAUCUUUUCAGUUUCCUAGACAGAGUUAAUAUUGGCAACGCUCGACUGUAUGGUCUUGAGGAGGAUCUGAGCCUUUCGUCGAGCCAGUUCCAGGUUGCCGUGUCUAUUCUCUUCGUCACAUACUUACUAUUCGAGGUUCCAUCCAACCUCGUUCUCAAGCUCUUCACUCCGCGCCGAUGGCUCGCUUUUAUCGCUGCUGCAUGGGGAAUCAUUGCCACGCUCACAGGCCUCGUCAACUCAUACGGAGCGUUACUUGCCUGCCGUCUUCUUCUAGGUGUCGUGGAAGCCGGUCUCUUUCCUGGCCUAACUGUAUAUCUCACAUUCUUCUACACCAAGCGGGAACUCGCACUCCGCGUGGGCUACCUUUUCGUCAGCGCUGCAGUCGCUGGUGCUCUCGGUGGUUUGCUUGCGUACGGAAUUGGCCACAUGGAUGACGUGCGUGGUAUGAGCGGCUGGCGCUGGAUCAUGAUCAUUGAGGGAAUUCCCAGCUUCUUGAUCGGUAUUGUCACGUAUUUUGCAUUGCCCAACGAUGCGGAGACGGCGUACUUUUUGGAUGAUGACGAGAAGGCUCUUAUGCGUCUGAGACAUGCACGCGAGUAUGGAAAUACAGCGUCGAGCCGGGAGUUUAGCAAGAAGGAUAUGAUGUGCGCCUUUAAAGACUGGAAGGUAUGGGCGUUUUGUGUUGCGCAGUUCGGAGUCGACACUAUGUUGUACGGAUUCUCUACAUUUUUGCCAACCAUCAUCAGGGAUCUUGGUGACUGGACCGUCGCAGAGACACAGCUUCUUACUGUGCCAUGCUAUUUCCUCGGCGCAGCGGCAUACAUGUCCACGGCAUUUCUCUCGGAUAAGCUGCAGCGCCGUGGACUCUUCUGCGUCAUCUUUGGACUCAUCAGCUGUGUCGGAUAUGCCAUUCUUUUGGCAGAUGUGUCUUCUGGUGCGCACUACUUUGGCUGCUUCCUCGUAGCUGGAGGUUUAUACGUGGUCGUAGGCUUGCCACUGGCUUGGUUGCCUACAAACUCACCUCGUUAUGGAAAGCGCACUACAGGUACGGGUAUGCAGCUGACAUGGGGUAACGCGGCGGGUAUCAUGUCUGCGUUCAUCUAUCCUGCUUCAGAUAGACCUCGAUACAUCAAGGGCCACGCUGUGACGCUCAGUAUGGUCGCGUUGGGCACCGCCAUCUACGGAUACCUGUGGUGGUGGUACCGACGUGAGAAUGAGCGACGGCAAUCAGGCCACAUGGAUGAGAAACAUCGAGGCAUGGGAGAGGAUGAGUUGGCCGAGCUUGGUGACGAAAGCCCUCGUUAUAGGUUUACUAUUUAGAAAGCCGAUCCGGGAUGAAGAGAAGGGUGACCACUGGGCUUAUGGGAGAUAAACCCAAGAUAUAGAGGGAAAUAAUAGGAAGCGUUGAAAAGCGACUAUUGGAUUAUAAUAUAGAUAUUUCCAUGGAGCCGAGUUUCUUUCUUUAUAUCAAGCAGGAUUGCGGUCGGGACAGCGCAGAGCCUCAAAAGCGUACGUAGCAUUGGUUCCAUCCAUUGGUGACCAAUAGCGUUUGCUACUAAGCUACUGGCUUCAGCUGCAUCUUCAGAGCCUCGUUGCUGAGGUGUCUCACAAUAGACACUAAGGAGGCAACGCAAUGAUACUUUGUACAUGGAUGAGAUUUGCAAUGAGAAAUAUUAACGAUACGGUGUCCAGUCAUUCAUAAUACCGCAUCCGUUGCUCGGUACUUGGUAUGGUAUGUUGAUCUAUAGUAAAAAAGCGAGGGAAAUAUUGGAAGCAUGACUU